AUGGAAGAAUGGGUGAGUAAAGUAUUCAACAAGGAUAUAUUGAGCAUGGAGGCACCGAGGAUUCACAUGUUGUGCGAGUACAUACAGGAAAUGCACAUGGUGGAAGACCAGGUGAGGGUUAACAUUGGUAUGGGUGAUCCAGUGAAAUCACAAGUUGACAAAUAUAAACUAAUCCCAGAAUAUCUCCAGAGGAGAGGUUUGGCAAAGGAGCAAUUGCACUCAUAUAACUACUUUAUCAAUAUUGGAAUAAAAAAGAUCGUUCAAGCAAAUGAUCGUAUUGUUUCAAAAGCAGAUCCUAGUGUUAGUCUUAGGUACACAGAUAUUUGGAUUGAUGAGAAAACCAUGCUUAAACCAAAAUCAUGUCGACUUUCUGAUGCAACGUACGAUGCUCCAAUAUUAGUCAAGAUUGAGUACACUAAUGGAAGAUAUGACCUAAUGCAGUCUUCUGUAAUGAAGACAAAAACCGUCCCAAUAGGAAGAAUGCCUGUCAUGUUGAAGAGUAACCGUUGUUUUCUACAUGGGAAAGAUGAAUAUGAACUUGCAAAACUAGGUGAAUGCCCACUUGAUCCCGGAGGAUAUUUCGUUAUAAAUGGAUCCGAAAAGGUGAUUUUAAUUCAAGAGCAAUUGUCAAACAACAGAAUAUUCAUAGAUAACAAUAAAGGAUGUAUUCAAGCAUCAGUUACAAGCUUCACUUCACAAAUAAGAAAUAAAACUCUUAUAAGGAUGGAGAAAGAGAAGAUAUAUGUAUAUAUGAAUCAAUUCACUACAAAUAAGGUCCCCAUCAUGGUGGUAAUGAAAGCAAUGGGUAUGGAGUCUGAUCAAGAAGUUGUACAGAUGCUUGGUAGAGAUCCUUGUUAUAAUGAUCUACUUAAUCCAUCCAUUGAGGAAUGUGUCAGCAAUAAUGUAUAUACUCAAAAACAAGCUUUAGAUUUUCUUGAGAAGAAGGGAUUUGGCAGAGCACUUUAUCUACUCAAAAAUCUAUUUAUAGCCAAUGUUCCAGUUCAUGGCGAUAAUUUUCGUGAAAAGUGCUUAUAUGUCGCAAUAAUGAUGCGACGCAUGAUGGAUGUAGUUUUGAAUCGGGAUGUAGUGGAUGACAAGGAUUAUGUAGGUAAUAAAAGGUUUGAGUUGUCAGGCCAAUUAUUAUCCAUACUAUUUGAGGACUUAUUUAAGUCAAUGAAUGAAGAAGUCAUCAGUGUAGUGGAUAAAAAAAUAGGAAUGUGGAGCCGAUUUAGUAAUUUAGAUAUUUCUCAACACAUCAUAGCAGACAGAAUUACCCAUGGGAUUCAAAGGGCUCUUUCUACUGGUAGUUGGGAUAUCAACCGGUUUAGGAUGCACAGGAAAGGGAUUACACAGGUUGUUCAAAGACUAUCUUUUAUAGGGAUGGUAGGUCACAUGACGAGAGUUUCACCGCAAUUUGAGAAAUCAAGAAAAGUUAGUGGACCUAGAGCAUUGCAAACGAGUCAGUGGGGUAUGCUUUGUCCUUGUGAUACUCCUGAAAGUGAACAAUGUGGAUUAGUGAAACACCUUGCUUUGAUGACCCAUGUUACAACUCAUGAGGAGGAAGACCCUAUAAUAACAAUGUGCUAUUCUCUGGGGAUUCAAAACAUUAAACUGCGACCUGUAGAACUUCAUUCAAAAGACUCUUUUCAAGUUGUAUUAAAUGGGCGGAUUCUUGGCAACCAUAGGAAGCCACAGGUGUUUGUCAAGGCAUUGAGAAUGUUGCGAAGAAAUGGUACACUUAAUGAGUUUGUUAGUGUAUUUGUUAAUGAAAAACAUCGUUGUGUUUAUUUGGCUUCAGAUGGAGGUCGUGUAUGUCGUCCACUUUUGAUUGCUGAAAAUGGUGCAUCGAAAAUUAAGGAAUAUCAUAUGAAGGAGUUAAUAGAUGGAGUUCGUACUUUUGAUGAUUUUCUACACAAUGGUUUGAUAGAGUAUCUCGAUGUCAAUGAGGAGAACAAUGCAUUGAUUGCUUUAUACGAUAGAGAUGUUACAGCAGAAACAACACAUAUUGAAAUCGAGCCUUUCACUAUUUUAGGUGUCUGUGCUGGUUUAAUUCCUUUUCCUCAUCAUAAUCAGUCACCUAGGAAUACAUAUCAGUGUGCUAUGGGGAAGCAAGCUAUGGGUCACCAAGCAUAUAAUCAGUUAAUUCGAAUGGAUCAAUUAAUGUACUCUUUAGUCUAUCCUCAGAGGCCUUUGCUGACUACAAGGGCAAUUGAGCUUGUUGGAUAUGAUAAACUUGGUGGAGGGCAGAAUGCAACUGUUGCUGUAAUGAGUUUCACUGGCUAUGAUAUUGAUGAUGCGAUAGUUAUGAAUAAAGCAACUCUGGAUCGUGGUUUUGGCCGUUGUAUUGUUAUGAAAAAGAUGCCUUCUGUACUUAAAAAAUAUGGCAAUAACUCACAAGACAGAAUAAUUAGACCCAUAAAAGAGGGAUGCUAUGCUGAGAAGAUGAAUAUACUUGAUAAUGAUGGAAUUGCUUCCCCUGGAGAAAUAAUAAGGUCAGGUGAUAUCUACGUCAAUAAACAAAUCCCUCUUGUUACGAGUGGAGAGACGCGUUUAUCAGAUUUUUUGGAUGACAAAGAGUAUAGAGAUUGCAAACAAAUAUACAAAGACUUAUCAGCAGAAGGGGAUGCACCUGUGGUUAUUGACAGGGUUUCUUUAUCCACAGAUAGAGAUAAUAAUAUGUCUUUGAAACUUAUGAUCAGACACACUCGUAGGCCAGAGAUUGGUGAUAAAUUUAGUAGCAGACAUGGACAGAAAGGAGUUUGUGGCAUUAUUAUUAAUCAGGAACAGUUUCCUUACUCUGAACGUGGCAUUUGUCCUGACUUGAUUAUGAAUCCGCAUGGAUUUCCCAGACGAAUGACAGUUGGGAAGUUGAUAGAGCUCCUUGGUAGUAAAGCUGGUGCUUCUUGUGGUAGAUUUCACUAUGGAAGUGCAUUUGGAGAACCAAGUGGUCAUGCUGAUACAGUUGAUGUCAUUAGUGAAACACUAGUGAAAAAUGGCUUCAACUACAAUGGAAAAGACUUUCUUUACUCAGGUGAAACUGGUUUCCCCCUUCAAGCAUAUAUAUUCAUGGGUCCUAUUUAUUACCAAAGGUUGAAACACAUGGUCAUGGACAAAAUACAUGCCCGAGGUAAUGGACCUCGUGUGAUGAUAACCAGACAACCUACAGAAGGAAGAGCAAGAAAUGGAGGAUUAAGGGUAGGAGAAAUGGAACGCGAUUGUUUGAUUGCUUAUGGAGCUAGCAUGUUGAUUUACGAACGAUUGAUGCUCGCUAGCGAUCCAUUUGAGAUUAAGGUUUGCAAAAAAUGUGGUUUGAUGGGCUACUAUAAUUAUAAACUCAAAAUGAAUGUUUGUUCAACAUGUAAGUCAGGAGAAAAUGUUGCUUCUCUGAAAGUUCCAUAUGCAUGCAAGCUUUUAUUUCAGGAACUUCAAUCUAUGAACAUUGUCCCCCGAUUGAAGCUUAGAGAUGCGUCUUGA